AUGCCUUCAGAUAGAUCACUCACUACGUGCGUCGAGCAAGGAGCCAGAGAUGUGACGUGGUUAAGACAGCGAGACCUACACAUCCUGACUACUGGCCACCACACAUACUCUGCUGACGACCGGUUCCAAGUGGUGCACAGCCCCGGCAGUGACCAGUGGACACUGGUGCUCACCUACGCACAGCUGCGAGACUCGGGUGUCUACGAGUGUCAGGUCAACACUGAUCCCAAACUCUCCAGACCCGUCAAUCUUAGCGUGUACAACACAUCGCAGCCGAUUAGUGUUACCAAGAGUAAAGUCUUCGUAGCUAACAACACAGCUUCCACCAGAGACGGUCAUCUGCGGGUGGAAAUACUGGGACAAAGAGAACUGUACAUUGAGGAAGGCUCUUCUCUUACCCUCAACUGUCUAGUGACUUCAUCCUACGGCCCAGCUACCUUGGUCUACUGGUACCAUGAUACUCGCCUCAUCGACUACAGCUCUGCCAGGGGAGGAAUCAAACUUAAGAUCGACCAUGAGAAGGGAGAAACCACAGCUAGGCUGGUGGUGAAUACAGUGAGAACUGACGACUCCGGGAUGUACUCUUGUGUUCCACCGGGGUCACAUCCAGCCUCUAUUAGAGUACACGUCCACCAAACAGGCGAGCAGGAGGCGGCAAUUCAGCAGGGAGGACUAAACAUCACCAGCUCUUCUCUUAGAAUUACUCCUAUCGUUCUCUUGCCCUACCUUCUUCCAUUCUUCGUUAUAUGCUUUACUACUGCCCCAUACUUUCUUUUUGGUUUUGCUAUACUUCCUUCCUUCCUAAUCCUUCUUCCCUUCCUGGUCCUGUGUGUUUGCUCAAUGCAGGUAUUGAGCCUGUGGUGUCUCUACCCUUUUAUUUACAUCACCAGCCUCCUCUUACUAGUCUUAUCUCAUUCGCUCUCCUCUCGUCUACCUCGUAUGCAGCGUGCGUGUCUCCUUUAUUUUAUGGACUGCACUCUCCAUAUCAUAGUUUUCCACAAGGUUCUUUUUUUCCUUUUGUCUAGUUGCUCAUACUUUUCUUUUCACAAAAUUUGUCACAUUUCAAAAGUCAUUAUUUCUUGUGGAAAACGUUCAUGUUUUAUAAGCAUAUAUGUUAUUUGGUUUUCUUUACCUUAUUUAAGGCACAUGUGCAAUAUAUUUGCAGCAAUAUCAUGCAUAUACUUUGUUUUCACUUACAUGAUACCUUUCUUUUUAAUUCCACACACCAGUCUAACUCGUUCAUCCUCUCACUGUAUAUUAGUUUCCUAGGAUGCUAUGUUUUGAUACUUUGUUUUCUAGUAUAUGGGAAACCUAGGUCCGAUAAGCCAGCAGAUGCCUAAUCACUGAUGCUCACCACUUAUAGGACAGUGGUUGCUUAAUUCCAUAUAAACAACACUGAUACGUCAGAGAUUUAUUAAUUACAAAAUCACCUCGCCGGUACGUCACUAGAUACUUAAUAUGAGAUACACAGCAUCGGUAAGUCAGCGUGCCCUUUAUUGCUGAUACUCGGCCAGAAAGCGUAAGCGGAUGCUUGUUAACAGAGCUCACAGCGCCAUUUCAUCUGUGGUUGCUUAUCACUAAUGUCCACACUGGUACGCCAGUCGCUGCUUAAUCACAGAUUCAAAGCACUGGAAUGACAACAGUUGUUUACUCACUGAAAUCUUGCACUGGUACAUUAAUUUGUUUCUUAACCGCUGAUACCUAGCAGCGGUAGAUCUGUUAUUGCUGAAUGACAGAUACAAAGCACCUGCACGACAGAUGUUGCUAAAUCACUGAGUCAUCAUUUGACAAUGAUCUGCACUAGAAGAACAGAUUCUUGUGUUUCCUGAAGACAAAAACAAAAUAACCACCUAACGCAAUAGCUCACACCAGGAUAAUAGGUACAUCGAUUAUCACUCUCCGAGAUUCAGUGAAACUCACCACUUUACUUAUUCUGUGCAAGAUAAGCAACACUGAACAUCAGAUACGAAUACUUGCAGCUUGGAGAGCCAACAAAUCCUCACUGGAAGGUCCGUAAAACUACACUGGUGCACCCAUGAGCCUUUACUGGUGGAUUCCCAAGGUCACACUGUAGGGCUCACUAGACCAUACCAGCCAGUUCGCAAGACCACAUUGGCAGUUCCACCAAAUUACAUUGGUAGGUCCACAAGACCACACUGGCAAGUCCAUAAGUUCACAUAAGGUCGCAUGUCCACAAUACCUUACGAAAGCAGGCCAACAUCCUCAGACUGUAAGGACGAGAAAAUCACUCUGGCAUAUUGAUAAGAUCACGCUGGUUGGUCAACAUUGUCUCCAUUGCAGGUAUACAAGAACACUCUUGCAAAUCAGUAAGAUCAUAAUAGAGGUUGAAAAAGUCUGCUUACGUUGGCAAAGUCGCGAAGUACAGUGGUGCAGUUUUCAAAACCAUGUUUUUUAUUCAUGAGAUAAUUCUGACAGAGCAUCAGUGCCACACUGAGGAAUCCAGCUCACUUUAUUAUGUUCUGCAAGACAGAAUUAGCAGAGCCAUAAGACUACGCAAAAGACUCGCAAUAACACCCUGGCAAAACUACAAGACCACACUGCCAGAACUGUAAGACCAUAAUGCCAGAUCCAUAAUCCUACAUUUGCAGGAACACACUUCCACGACUACAAGAUCACACUGGCAGUAAUAAUAACCCAUAAUGUCAGGACCUCCAGCCUAUACAUGCAGGACCACAAGACCACAAUUCCACACUGUCCACACUGGACGUUAUAAAAGUCCAUAAUGACGGGACCGCAAACCUUCACUUGCAGUACCACAAGACCACACUAGUACGACCACACGAACACACUGGCAGGACCACUAGAACUCAGAGACAGGACUAUAUGGCUAUACAAACCGGUUAAUAAGAUCAUAUUGUAAGGUCCACAAGAACCACACUGAAACGGCAAGUUCGCAAGACCACAGCGGAAGGUAGACAAGACAUAUGACCUCACUAGCAGGCCAACAAGACCAAGCUGCCUAAACAGUAGGAUAGCCAGACGGGCUCAAACGACACCAAUGGCAGGUUCAAACGAUCUCAAAACUAAGAUACCAAGAUUACACACAGAGGCAAACAAGACCACACUAGCAUUCUCACAAAACCAAACUUGCUGGAUUACAGUACGACAGUAGCAGGUCCACAAGACCACAUUGGUAGAAUGACAAGAUUAUACUUGCAAGAUCACAAGACAGCACUGCAAGGUCAACAAAAAAAAAACUCAAAAUGAUGUACAAGACCCGUGAACAAAGCCAACCAACACAAUACAGACAGAAUUACAAUACCAAACUGGACAAUAAGGCCAAGACAGGCUUACAAUACAACAGUCAUAAACAUACGACUCCACACUGGCAGAUAAAAAAAAUAAAACUGGCAAGGCAAACAGAAAAAAAAAA